UGGGCUACAGUCCAUCAUGUCACAAAGAGUCGUACAGGACUGAAGUGACUUAGCACACAUGCACGAGGAUAGGAUAAUUUAGAAGUGGGUGUUCCCUGGGUCCCAGGUGCCCCAUGCUUGAACUUUAAAAGUAAGAUUUAUGGAGCAGUUGUGGUAAGCUUUUCCAUUUACAGUGUUUGCACAUGUGAUAUCAUUUAAUCCUCACAUGAGGCCUUGCAAAAGAACCUAUUGUUAUCCUCAAUUUACAGAACUCAAGCUCCAGAGUCAGCCUAAGGCCCACCAUUGUUCCUUGGGGGACCUGCUUCUGACCUCAGCCUCUCUUCACAGUACCCAGGCUGCCUCUUACUACCACCCAGCCUUCCUCAUUCCAGUCCCUCACCCCUCGGAUGCUGCCAUCUGGGGCAAAGGGCAUAGGGGAAGGGGACUUGGUAGGUUAAUUAUUAACUCUUUGCACCUCAGGCACUGCGGCUUCCCUCCCCUCCUGGAGGCGGAGGGACAAAGCCCGGCUAGCGGCUGGCAAGGGGGUGGUGGUCCCUGCCGCAGCCAUGGGGGUCGCACUGCCGGGGCAGAUCCCGCGGCGGUGGCUGCACAGCGCAAUUCCUCUUGCUGUCUUCGCGCUACUGCUUGUUUAUCUCUGGGCUCGGAACCUUCGUGAGUAGCCCGUUCUCUCACCUGCUCUGGGAGGAACCGGGGAAUCCAGGCCCUGGGGACCUAAGACCUCACCUUAGGCCCUCACUGCUCUGUCCCGCCUCCCCCCUCAGGCUGCGGAUCUGGGACGCAGUCCUGCAUUGCAGAGGGGCCGCCGCCUUUCCAGGUACGCUACCGGCAGGGCUGGAACUGGGAGCUCCUGGCGUGGUCCUGAGAGGACCAGUCUGAGGAUCUGAUGAAGAGCAGGCCCUCCUCCUACUCUCCCCUCUCCCGUCAGAAGUUGAGAGUCCAGCCAGAGAAACACCAGCUAGAUCUAAGGAAUAAUUUCUUCAGAGACCAACUGGGCUGCUUGGCGAGCCCAGCAAGCUAGGGGUUCUGCUCCCAUCUCGAUGCCCUCAAAUCUAACGUGCAGGUCCAGCAACAGUCGGGACCCCUGGAGGGCCCGGAAUGGGAAGAGCCUCAGUGUCUGGGCCCCCAGGGGAUGCUGGGCUAUAUGAUGAGGUCGUUCCGCGCCAGUCUGAACACGGAAGGGGACGUGGAAUUAUCACAGUACCUGGCAGGAUGGAGGGAGCUAGCUAGUCAGGUGAGUGAGCUCUCUCCUCUCAUCCAGUCCCCGCCUCUUGGUGGCUCCAUCGCCCUCUCGCAAACCUUCCUACCCUUCCCAUCAUCACACACCCACAGGUUCCUAACUCCCCUCGGCUCCAUCUUCGCCUUCGCCACAAGCGAGGCCUCCGCCAAAGUGACAGCCCUCGAAGCUCUGGUACAAGCCGUGCACUACACGUCCCUGGGGACGAUGGUGGCGUGGGAGCGGCCCGAGAUCGUUCCACCGCCCUCGGCCAAGGCUUCGGGCUCGGUAACGAUGCUCCUGCUGCACCGUGCGCUACGCUGGUCCCAGCUCUGCCUCCACCGGGUGGCGACCGGGAUGCUCGGAGGCCCGGACGCCGGCGUUCAGUGCAGCGAUGCUUAUGGUACGGCCCUGGCUCCGCAUCACACUUGGCUCGUCCGUCAGGCUGUCCACCUCGCAUUCCUCGCUUUCCCGAGUCGCGGCCGCUUACUCCAGCUGAUGUGUCCCGGAGCCAGAGAGACGGAGGCGAGGGCCGCGCUGGCCCGGGCCGCGGGCACCCUGGAGGACGUCUACAACCGUACCCAGGGCUUAUUGGCUGAGCGCGGCUUGCUCGAGCUGGCUGGCGGAAGGAAGGAAGGAAGCACACCGAGGAGGCGUCGGUACAGCUGGGGUUGAGCCCUCGGCUGGCCUCUCGGCUCCAGGGGCGUGGUCACCACAUACCCCGCCUCCGUGGUGACGUCAC